GAAAGAGCUCAUCUCCCCUGCCACACUUCCCUGGAGACUCUGAGCACUCAGCCUGCCCUGCCAGCCCCACUGCAGGCACAGGGACAGGGAUCAGAGGGGCCAGACAGGCUGGAGAUGGAGCUGCUGGCCAUGCUGGGCUGUGUCCUGCUGCUCCCCACGGUGCUGGGGGAGGACUGUCCAUCCCAGUGCAGCUGCUGGUCCCUGGGUGAGCCGUGGGGGACAAGGGUGGACUGCAGCUCACGGGGGCUGCGCGCCCUGCCCACCCUGCCCCGCCUGACCCGCAGCCUGCGCCUGCACAACAACAGCCUGGCCUCCAUCCCCGCUGGGGCCCUGGACAGCCUGGGCCACCUGCAGGAGCUGCAGCUGUGGGACAACCCCUGGCACUGUGACUGUCACAUUCUGUACCUGAAGCUCUGGCUGCAGGAUUUCUCCGCGCCCGCGCUCGCCCGGCUCCGGUGCGCCAGUCCCGUUCGGCUGAGGAUGAAACCCCUGGGGCAGCUGACUGGGAAUGAUCUGGGUGUCUGUACCAGGCUUCUCCCAACCAAGUGUCUCCAGUUCUUCUGGCGAGACCUCAUUUUAAUUGCUGGAGCUGUAAUUACUCUCCUUUUAGUGGCGUGGGCUCUGAAGCUCUCCAAAAAGCUGGUCUGCCAGCUCCGCCUCGGGAGGAGGCUGAACAGGAGCAUCCCCAAAACCUGCAAGAUACUGUGAGCUCUUCCUGCCCCAGCCUGGCAGAAACUCCAAGCUCCUCCUCAACAAAAAAGCACUGGCAACACUGGUUUGAAUAGUCAGUGCUAAAAAAGCCCGAAGUCUGGGUCCUCAGGUGAGUUGGAUUUAAUUUUUGUCCAAAAAGAAGCUUGGUGAGGUUUGGACAGAAAACUUCCACCCUGCUGCCAUCUGCUCAUGUGAAGAGCAGAUUCCACAUUUUUAAAAAUCAUUUAACUUUCCAUUUUCCCACUGAAUUCCUCAGCUCUUAUAGAAAGAUUUACAGCCCUACACUUGUUAAUAAACGGAGAUGAACACCAAUUGUGUUAUUUUAACAAGUCUUUUCUCACUGUGAGUUUACAACCCAUCAGCAUCUCUCAGUGUCCCAGGGGGCUUGGUAGGACCAUUCCUGCGUGCAGGAAAACUCAGCCCUCUCUUCCUCAGGUUCAUGAGGCCACCAAAAGCACCCAGAUUACACAGACCAGACACUGAAUGCAUCCCUGACUGAAAGCAGUUAAAGAUGGACUGGUAAUGGCAAUACAAUCAGCAAAAUAAUUGUGAAUCAAAUGGAAUUUCCUGGAGGGUGAGCAAUAAUAAAGCAUUCUGUGUGGAACUGAAAUAAUGGAUGGUUAUUGAACGUUCCUAUUGACCCAAAUUUGAUCUCUUCCAUGAUUCUAAAUAUUUCUGAUUAAAUUUCUAAGAUAUUUCCUGAACUUGUCCUCUGGAGAUAAUUUUAGAAUAUUUCCCCUGCACUGAGCUUUUCAGUGUUUUAAAAGAUAACCACCAUUCUGUAAGAAUGCAGAAUAUUACAGAAGAAAUGCACUCUGCCCUCUCCCAUGGAAUUUCCUACAUGACAUUGUUUGUUUCCCAAAAAUGAAAUAAAUCAUUCCCACUA